CGCGCCGUGGGAAACCUGACAAGCCGCAUGGCUGCCGGUUGUUCACAGGCUCCGCGGCCGAAUGCGGCCUCUGAGGGGCCGGUGGUGGGCCCCGCCGGCGUCCUGCCUUGCCUAGAGCUGCCGACCUACGCUGCCGCGUGUGCGCUUUUGAAUAGCCGCUACUCCUGCCUGGUGGCGGGGCCGCACCGAAGGCACAUCGCAUUGUCGCCGCGCUACCUUAACAGGAAACGCACCGGUAUCCGAGAACAGCUCGACGCGGAGCUCCUGCGCUAUUCCGAGAGCCUUUUAGGUGUCCCCAUUGCAUAUGAUAACAUCAAAGUGGUGGGUGAACUGGGAGAUAUUUAUGAUGAUCAAGGCCACAUUCAUCUUAACAUUGAAGCAGAUUUUGUUAUUUUCUGCCCUGAACCGGGGCAAAAGCUUAUGGGUACAGUUAAUAAAGUGUCUUCCAGCCACAUUGGCUGUUUAGUACAUGGGUGUUUCAACGCCUCCAUCCCUAAACCUGAGCAGAUGCCAUCUGAGCAGUGGCAGACUCUGGAGAUUAAUGUGGGUGAUGAACUAGAAUUUGAAGUAUUUCGUUUAGACUCAGAUGCUGCUGGAGUAUUCUGCAUUCGGGGAAAACUGAAUAUCAGUAGUUUACAAACCAAGUGCUCUGCAGUUUCUGAAGAAGUAACAGAAACGGGCAUGGAAGAAGCUGUUGAAAAACCUCCAAAGAAGAAAAAGAAAAAGAAGAAAGACCCAGAGCCAUAUGAGGUGGAAGGUGGUACCACAGAGUUAGCAGAUUUUGCAGAUGGCACCGUGAAAGACAAGACAGACCUGCAGAUUAAUAAUGUGAAUGGCCUCUGGGAAGAAGAGCCGAAGAAGAAGAAAAAGAAGAAAAAGCACCAGGAAGUUCAGGACCAGGACCCUGUUUUCCAAGGCAGUGACUCCAGUGGUUACCAGAGUGACCAUAAAAAGAAAAAGAAGAAAAGAAAGCACAGUGAGGAGAUUGAACUUAGCCCACUUUUGGAACACUCACCUAAAAAGAGAAGGAAGAAGUAAUUUUCUUUAGUGUGUUUUUAAAUGAUUGAUUUAUAUACAAUAGAUGAAUAAGUGUUUGAAUGAUGUGAAAUGCUUGUGUAUUUCCAUAGUUUGCAAAGCAGGAAACAUUUGCUUAGGAAUUGAGUUUUUGAUGCUAAAAUUACAAAACUGAUAAUUAGGGAAAUACCAAUAUUGUUAAAGUGCCAUUUUAUUGUACACAGAAUAAAAAGGUAAGAGCUGCUCUCACUCUCAACUCUUGCAUUCUUGCAGUUUUUACAUUCUAAAAAAAUUAUUUCUACAAUGUCAGGACCAACAAAAGGACUUUAUAAUACAGUAUUGUUCAUAUCAUUAAAGAAUGAGUUUGAGCUUGA